UCAAGGACGCUGCGGUUGGGUAAAUUCCUUCCACAAGAAGUUGGUAUUAUACAUACAUAAAUGCUAAACGCAAUAACUGAAUUGUAAGCUUCUUGAGAUGCAAAGUACUUUACUUGGAUUCCAAGGGUGGAAAAUAUAUACUUUAUAUAUGGCAAACACAGGGAGUCCCACAAAAUCCCCCAACGAAUAAACAUAACAUUAUAAGUAGGGUCUCCAACAUUAAUUUGAAUAAUUUUAUGUAGAUCCAAUCAUACACAAAAGCACUCUGCUGGAUUUUGGAGCUCACAAGAUUCACAAGCGAGAAAACUUAAUGGUAAAGCAGCACAAAAGGGAAAGAGAGAUUUAAUUGUGGGAAGUUUACAUUAUAUUGACGAAUUAAUAUAGAAAAGUUCAAAGGGAGGGGAGUAUUGUAAACCUUAAGAACUCUAAAUUUUGGAGCUUAUUCUGACAAAAAUAUUUUCUUUUCUAUCUAUUUCGUCUUACAAGGGAUUUUGUAAGAUUUGGCAUUCCCACAAAAAUUUCUUUUUCAUUCUUUUAUAGUAACACAUACACAAACCUCCGAAAUUAGAACACGAAAACAGAUGUCGCUGUUAAAAUUUAAGUUUUAUCAAACGAAGUGAAACCGAAGAUAGACGAAGUGAAAUAAGUUAAUGUAAAUAAAGAAAAUGAGGUUAAAGUUAAGUGAAUUUAUCAACAAAACACAAUGGAUUAUUCGAUUUUGGGUAAAAAUUUAACCCUUUUAAAGUAUUUUUGCAUUUUCCAUGCAAAAAAUUUUCCAUGAAUUAAGAGUUUUUUUUCUUAAUUUUUUUUAUCUAGAUUGUCAUCGAAAAAAAAUUGAAUCAUCCGGAGCUUUUGAACAUCUGUGGCAUCCACGGAUUCCGGGAAGGAAUACCCGGACAACUCCCAGGCAGCAUGAAAUUUUUGUUUAAUAAGCAGAAUCUUAUGCGGAAUGAUGGAAGCAUUUGAGAAAGAGUAGAAAUUGGUGGGACCAGCUCUACGGAAUGGCCAUAAAGAGAAGAAGUCGCGAAUCUAUGUACAUAGAAUGUUCUUAAAUAAAAUGUCUUCCCAUACUCUAACUUUUGCCUUUUUUCUACACUACAGAAGUAUCUUUUAAUGCAGUGCCUGUGUGAAUGCAUAAUUCUAAUCAUCUUCCUCAAGGCCAAGUCUCUGGAAAUUAUUGACAUUCGUUGGCAUAAUUCACAAAAAGUGGUCAGAGUUUUUCCACAUUUUCACAAUAUUUUUUGUUAAAAAACAAUUCCAAACACUCAGAUUCAUGUAAAAUAUCCGUCAAAGUAGUCAAUUGUUGCCUAUGACGAUAAGGAAUCAUGCUUUGGUGGUCACAAAAUGCACAAAAAGAUUGAAAAAGCACCUCGGCAGGUCCUUAUAAAACAUAUGAUUUUGUAAGAUUUUCUUACAAGUUAUAAGAAAAAAUUCGGCCGGAAUACCAAAACCUUUUCUUUUCUAUUAUAGCAAAAAUGUUUCUCACGACGUGGUCUAAAAGUUCAACUGUGAAACUUUUUAGAUCUUACAAAUUUAUAAGUUUUUUUUGUGAGAAUGCCAAAAAACCUUAUAACUCACGAAUUGUAAGAAAAGAAAAGAAAAUAUUUUUGCCAGAAUUAGCUCCUUUGUUAAACUUUUACUUUAUUUUUCUGAAAAUUCUGAAAAAACUACAUAAUGAUUAAGGAAGUUUCAAAUGAAUCUGAAAAAGUUAUUCAUUGGAAAAUUUAUGUUAUCGAUAAUAAAUAAAUAAAUAAAUAUUUUGGCGCUACGUCCCAUAUAGGAACAGGGCCGGCGCCCUAUGUGAUGUUGUUGUUCUCCUUGCGGAGAAGUAUGUUAUCGAUACUAUUAAUAAAAAAAAAUGUGACUCAUUUUUUAAAAUGCAAAUAUAUUGCACCAGAUAAGUUUUGAUUUUUUUUCUUUUUUUUGCUACACCCUAAAGCCCAAAAUUAUAUGGUUUUUCCCUUUAUUUUCUCUUUUUGCUCCAAUCUCGAAGUGACAAGAAAAAUAAUAUAAAAGGCACAACAAAAUGUACAAUACAAUCAGUAAGAAAUUUAAUUUCAUUCCAAAAUGUGUUGCAAAAUUAUUGUUUUAUUUCUUCUCACGUCAAUUGUGUUGGUUUCAAGUGAAAAUUUGAAAGGAAACUACCGCAAUGGAAAAGCUAUUUAGUUGGUGUUCCACUUCGUGGCCAACACCAAGUAUUGUAAUCGUCGGAAAAACCGACCACCUCAGAUCGGGCUCAAACUUGGUAUGAGCACGUUUUAGACAUCCCACAUUACGAAAAUGGUGGUGGAAAAUUUUUGAUCCGGCCGGCCUGCCGGCCUGCCGGCCUGCCGGUGGUCCAAACUUUGCCUUAUAGCUCGAGAACGGUAACAGAUAGAGACUUCGGGUUUGAAGUUUUCUAUAGAAAUGUGGGUGUAAAAUUUCAUUUUUUCGCAUUUUCAAAAUCCAAGAUGGCCGCCAUCCGCCAUUUUGAAAUACUGUCAACCACUUCCCUUACAGCUAGAGGUCUGAAAUUUUAGUAUGUUGUAGAGCUCAGUGAGACGUUUUCAUCGACAAUUCAUACUCGAAAAUCGGUCAAGCGGUUUAGCAAAUAUGGCGGCCUAAAGCAAAAAGUGUUUUUUCAAUAUAACUCGAGAACGGCUUGACCGAUUUUGAUCAUCUUGGUAUCAAAUGAAAGGUAUUGAGAAGCCCUACAACUGUCUAGAACAUUCCAAGUUCCAAAAACGUCCGCAAGAGGCGCUAAAAACAAAAACAAAAAUUGCCUAACUUUAAGGGGCAAUAUCUCCGAAUCCCCAUUAGGCAAAUCUUUUAAAUUUUGAUAUGUUGUAGCCUGACUAAUAAUCUUGUACCAGUCCGAAAAUGAAGAAAAUCUAUGUCGCCGUUUAGAAGAUAUGGCCAUUUGAAAAAUUCUUGAAUUUGAAAAGUUCUAAGAGCCAUAUCUCCUGAACUGCUUGUCCGAUUUUGCUCAACUUGGUAUCAAAUUAAAGGUUUUGCAAAACUCUACAACUUUCUAGAACAUCAGAAACCUCUAGAACUAUUCCUUCAUGAUAAAAAAUGCCAAAAACUGUUUUGGUGAAACAAAAAUCCGCCAUUUUGUGUUCUAGUGGUGACCUUGAAAUGUAUCGAAACAUAUGUCAGAUUAUAGCUUAUUUCAAUACCUUUCCAUAACUAGUCAAGAAAUUUCUGUAGGUUUUAUAGAACUUGAGAUAUGACCAUUUUUAUGCAUCAAAUUACUGAAUUUUACAAAAAAAAUCAACUUUGCCUACUAAUACUGAUCACAAAUCGUAUUAUAACGCAUAAACUAACUUCUAUACGUUGUGGGACACCAACUCUUAUAACUGGACGCGUUAUGAUUGACUUUCUUAAUAGACACCAAGGUAAAACUUAAUUAUCUAUCUACUUAAUAUGUUUUCUAUGAAAUUUUAUUUUCUAUUUGUCCCCCUAUCUAAAAUAUAAAAUAUUUGUAUGUAUUGUAGAUGUCGUGGGUGGAUGCUGCGUAUGAGUGUGAGAAACGAAAUAUGACUCUUAUGACUAUUCGAUCACGCGAAGACCAGAAUCAAGCAGAAGAAUUAGUGAAAAAUUAUUCCUAUGUAGUGUGGAUAGGUGGUUACGACUAUCAAAAAGAAGGAGAAUUUCGUUGGAUUGAGACUGGAGAAGUAUUUUCCUACACAAAUUGGAGAAGUGAUGAACCAACAAAUUGGAGAAAGGAAGGUUGUGUAAUUAUUUAUGACCUUACUAAAACAUGGGGUUAUUUUCAUUGUCUGAAUAAGUAUCCUUUUAUUUGCCAAAUUAACACUAAUAAGUGUCACUAAUUUUCUUCGCCUUUUCUGUUUUUUUAAUAUAUAAUUUUCUGUAUUCUUUAUGAUAAUUUUCAAUAAAAAAGUUUGGCUUAUAUAAUUUCCAAAAUAUUUUUAUUUGUGUUUGAGAUGCGCUUAUUUUCCACACGAUGGGGUUUUAUUUGUCAUCUUUGCAAUUUGAUGAGUAAAUCAUCAGUGAGAAAAUUGUCUUUGUGAAAAAUUUCAAAUAUUUAUCAAAAUUUUAAUGAGAUUCCCCAAAUAUGUAUGUAUGUAUAUUUUAAAAGGCCUACAAGAGAUGAAUUUUGUACUUUCUAUGCGGUGAAAACACAAUAAAUUUCCAUCACCACAAAAUCCCUCACAUGAUGUUUAUCAAUUUCACGGGGAUUUCUGUCACAGAAUCCUCAGCAUAUAUGAGUCAGAAAAUUAAUAUUUCCAUCGUAUGAGAUAAUUAAUGACAUUCUACCUCGUCAAUUGUGGAGCUUUUGACUUUUUUUUUCAUUUUGGUUUCCACGAACAACGGGGAUUUAUGAGAAAAUUCCAACAAAGGGGAAAUUCUAUUGUGUCUAUCACAAUAUUCCUCUUAGCACUUCUAAAUACUCCCUGUAAUAAUUCUCUCUACCCGCCUUGUUUUAAAUGAGUGGAAAGGAAUGAAAUUUCACAAUUUUCCAUUUCAUUUCCAAUACGUAAGUUUGUUUUAGGAAUAUUUUGUAAUAUUUACCAGGAUUUUCAAACAAUCCUACGAUAUAAAAUGAAGGACAAAAGAGAUCAUUUUACGUGUGAUUUUUGAUGCAGACUCUGCGCAUGGAUUAUGGGUAAAUCCCUUUAUUUAUUUUUCCGGGAAAAUCAAUGCUACACACGAGUUGAUUUGCCACUAUCUCCGUAAAUUGCACUUGGAAGUCUUUUUGGUUUUGCCGCAGAGCGCUAUUGCAGAAAAGCAUAAAAUAUUCAUGCUAUUGAUUUUUUUUUGUAUUCAAUAAUAUAACUGAAUGGAAUAAUAAACAUCAGAAUGAGUUUUUUUUCUGUGCUGAGUGUUGAGCUUCAACUCUUCUGGUGUGCCCUAAUAAAAGCUUUGGUGGAGCAAUAAAUUGGCAUAAUCUCUUCCAUUUUUAUUAAAUAUUCAAGCAUAUUUUUUAUUAUUCCACACCCUCCUCAAAAAAAGCCAAACUCCUAAUGCAUUGUGGACGAAUGGGGGAGUGGAUGUGUGAAUCUCAGGUUAGCAUAAUUCCACCGAAAAAAAGCAUUAAAUUUACACUACGCUCACUGAAUAUUUGAUGUCCACACCAUUUUUUAUUUCCUCCCAUCCCCCCCUCCAGGCAGAAGUUUCACAUGACGAGGGGGGAAUUAGCAAUGUAUUUUAAUAAACCCCUGACCAGGGUGAGAGGAGCUUUCCGGGUGUAUAACACACACCCCGGUAACCCCGGAAAACUUUGCGUGGUCGACACCUCUUUGUCUCUUUCAGCACAUUGUGAUUAUUUAGAUGAGGAAAUGGGUGGGAAAAAAAAGUUUCACAGAAUCCAUGCGGGGUAUAUAACUUUGAGCGUUUUAUAAUUUAUAUAAAAAGAGCUUUACACGGAUUCUAUAAUUUUUUUUCUCUGUGCGGUGGGUGGUCAGCUAACGACGGUGCCUAGAUAGCAAGAAUAUUGUCAGAAAACAGGAAGAACAAAAAAAUGAAAAAUGAGUUCAAAGCUUUAUGUAGUUGACAGAAUGAGCUUUUUCUUCGUGCUUUUCAUUUUCAUUGAAAUCUUUGAAUGAAUUUGUUAAGGAAUUUUACAGAUUUUUCUCUUGGAAAAUUAAUUAGUGUAUGGCGUUUUAGUCAAUUAAAUGUGGAUUAAAAUUUAAAACAAUGUUGAUCUUUUUUUUAAAAAUAAAUAAAUAAAAAGAUACAUAUUUAACAGUUUUCAUGCCCCCUUUUUAUUCCACAAAUUGUUAAGUUAAACAUUUUAAAGUCUUGAUUUGAGAUAUAAAAAUACUUUUUAUAUUAAUUACACACAUUCUUUCCCAUGAUGGCUUUAUCAACUUUUAGAUAUAUAAUGGGAGAUUUUAUUUGUGUGUUUGUUUGGGCAAAAAAAAAAGUUUGAGGACUUUUGUACGAUGUGACACAUAAAUUUAGCCAAUAAACUCUCGACAAGAAAAUCAGAUGGGGAAGGUGGGUGGUUGGCAAAGAAAAAAGUCCAAAACCACCCUGGUGAGAGAUAAAAGUUUUUCGAGUGUCUCUAAAUAAAUUGAGAACGACAAAUAAUACGGAGGGAAAAAUUGCCGAAAAUUCUUCGUUAGAUUGGAGGUUGGAUAUAUUUUCUUUUAGCUAAAACUUUGCAGAGAACUUUUGACUUUUACUUGGAAAAUUACAGCGAUACUUUUUCUCUAUGUGGUACAUGAUAAAAUACCAAGAUAAUUAAGCAGAAAUAGAGUGACCUAUUUUGUGGUUUAAAUUAAAUUAAAUCGUUGUGAUUCACAUGGGAGUAUUUGAUCUAAAAAAGCUCCCUCGUAUGAGAGAGAAAAUUUCUUGUAUACGCUGCUUUUUUACCCUAUUUGUCAGAAUCAUUUGGAGGAUGUCCAGUUUACUCGAAAAAAGCUCCACUACUGUUUGGUAUUCAAGAUAGAUAGAAAAUUCUAUCAUGGCCCAAUCUCACAGAGUGGCUCCCCAAAAAGCUAAACAUGGUAAUCAAAUCAGAUUUCUUUCUUUCCAUUUUGUUUUCCCAUCUCAAAAGGAAGAUAGUUUAUUUGGGAAAUUCUGUGCACAGAAUAUAAUGAAAAUUCUCGUUUUUAUUUCAGUAGAUUUUUAAUUGCAUACCCUUAAAGAGAAAAUUUCCACAAUAUUUUUCAGCAAAAUUAAACAUAAAGCUCUAACGAUUAAGGGGGGAUUUUGCUCACUAAAAUAACUUCUACUAUAAUAAACUGCGAUACUUCCAUUUUAGUGCAAAAAAUACUCCAUAUUGUUUUGCUUUGAAUUAAUUUGGCUUUUCCUGCUGCUGGAAAGCUCUCAGAGUUGCUUGGUAGAAAAAAACUGCCUUGAUAAGUCGUAUACACUGACAUACUAUACAUAAACCAACUCCUCCUUUUUUUCGUUCACAAAAUUUGGAGUCAUGCCAAAAGGAAAAUUCAUUAAAAUGGCCAUAAUUUCAAAUGUGUAUUCCAUUGAGACUCUUCAGCAUUUGCGAAUAAACUUAUUAUCUCUGUGAGGAAUCGGUUAGAAGAAUAUGAAACGACGGGUAAAUUUGAAUUAUUUGAAUUUUUUGAAAAAAGAAGAAAAAGAAGAAGAAAAGAAGACGAAUCAUAACCUAAAAAAUCUGAUCAAGCACAACAUGUGACUCAGCAAUUUUCCAAUGUAUUUUCUUAAUUUUUAUAUUUAAUUUUGUAGUAAGAGUGUCAGAGGAGUAGUGAAAUAUAGAGAGAAGUGUUUAUGAACUGAAUUAAGUGUUUAUUUAUCAACAAAAAGACUCAAAAGCAAGAGAAAACAUCAAAGUGUCCCAGCAGCCUGCAUGCUCCGUCACGCCGGUCGCAUCGACCCGGAGUAUUAUUAAUCAACCUAUGUAUAUUGCAGGUUAGAAGCAUUGGGGCACCACAUAUGCAUUCAGCAUAAUGAGAAUGUACUAACUUUCCUGUAUCUCCUACGCAGGUAGAUUCCCCUUCAAGACGUUUGUAUGCAAUGAUUAUUCUAAUUCUUUGGGAAUUCUACUGUGCAGGUACGUUCUCAAUAACAUAAUUCUGGUCCUUCGAGAAACAACACGAACUGCAGCACAAUGACAGAACCAUCAGCAACACCCGAAGUAACCAAGAAGAAGACUCUCCAUAGGGAACGAGGGAACCUCAAGCGAUCACUCACUGUCCUUGAAUCCAAACUGGCGCAACAACCAAUCUCGCAUGCCCUGGCGAAGUCAAUGAUCACUCAAGUACAAGACCUUCAAGACCGAUUCUUCCCAAUUCAGGAGCAAUUGGAGGAUCUCACACAACAUGAUGUAAAGCUCUUCGAAAAGGAAGACAAGGAAGCCACAUCGUUCUACGAGCGAUGCAUGGAAAUCAAAAUCAAAGCAGGUGAAUCUCUCUACGAUGAACCUCAACAAUCUCAAGAUGACAGUGUUUCGUACGCUGACCAAGAUGACAUCAAGAAAGCUCUGAGCAAUCAGACGAACAUUAUGCAAAAGAUGCUGGAGUUUCAACGGAUGGGCUCCUCAUCCUCCAAUGGUGGUGGACGUACCAAGCUGCCACAAUUGUCGCUCCCAAGCUUUGACGGUCGUUAUACAGAAUGGCCUCGGUUUAGGGACGCAUUCCAAAGCGCAAUUCAUUGCAACAAUGAACUCAAGCCUAACGAGAAGAUGCAAUAUCUUAAAUUGUCAUUGACUGGGUGUGCGGCUGAGUACAUCUCACAUGUGCCAAUAUCUGAUGACAAUUACGAACCAACAUGGGCACGCCUCUCCAAGAGAUACGAAAAGAAAGGACACUUGAUGAACGCUUUCAUCGACGAAUUUAUGACACAAUCGAAGCAAAAGGUGGACAAUGCUGCUGACCUCUUGCAGGCCAGCAGGAAGUACAGACAAAUCGUCGAUAGUAUGAAAGCUCUUGGUGAAGAAUGCCUCUCAUUGGAUGUGUGGAUGAUCUACCUAAUGAAACAAAACAUGCACGAGAAGUUCCGCACGAAGUGGGAGGAAACCCGUGAUUCAGAGAGCAUUCCGACAGUGGAAGAAUUCUUUGAGUUCAUGGACAAAUCAACGGAUGUUUUGGAGCGAGCGGCUGUCAACCUUGAGCCCAAGAAGCCCAAGCAACCUGAAACUACCGGAAAACCUGCCAAAGGGAUCAUCAAGUCUCACCACACUGAAGUGAGUCAAUGCUACAAAUGUGGAGCUGAUCAUGCGCUAUACCAAUGUGAUCAGUUCAAAGCUCUUUCUCUGGAUGAGAGAAGGAGACUCGUGACAAAAUCCAGUCUUUGCUACAAUUGCCUUCGCAGCAAUCAUUCCUCAAAGAAAUGUAUGUCGAAAUCAAGAUGUCGUGAAUGUCAAAAGCCUCAUCACACUUUGCUCCACAUGCCUCCUGAUGUGGCUCAAAAGCCUCAAACUUCGGCGACACAGUCAGGGCCUCCUACUGUGCCGCAAACACAAGCUCCUUCUCAACCUGCCGCUCCCACAGCUGGCGGGAAUCAAGUCUUUAUGGGACACCAGUCAUUUCUUCCACAACGAGCUCUGCUUCCUACAGCACUCGUGUACAUCAAGGACGUCUAUGGAGUCAAGAGGAAAUGUCGGGUACUGAUCGAUGGAGGAGGAGAAUGCACUAUGAUUACGGAAGAUUGUGCACAGCGCUUGUCUCUCCCGAGGCAACCUGCUCGAAUCCCUGUUACGGGCGCUGGUGCGGUAACAGUCGGACAUACACGUGGAGUGAUCAACAUGGAAUUGAGCUCUACCUACAAUGAAAACAACAAGAUCAACGUACAAGCUUAUGUCAUGCUGAAGGUGACAUCUGAACUUCCGUCAGUUUCACUCACAGCGAUGAAAUGGUCUCAUUUGGAAUCGCUACAAAUGGCUGACCCACACUUCAAGACACCAAGCAAGGUGGAUAUCAUCCUUGGCGCAGAAUACGCUGGACAGAUUGAAAUGGGUGAAAUCAUCAGGGGAAAUGUUGGUGAGCCUAUAGCUAAGCUCACAAUCUUCGGCUGGAUAGCCACAGGACAAGUUUCAGCACAAGCUCACUCAUUCAAUUCUUUCCACACUGAACUUGAUCUCAACGAUUCACUGAAGAAGUUCUGGGCUACAGAGUCUGUGAUGCCAGCAAAGCCUAGACUCACUGAAGAAGAACAGCUGUGUGAAUCCCAUUUCCAGGAGACACACUCACGUGACGAGACAGGAAGGUAUGUUGUCGAGUUUGCAUUCAAAUCCUCUCUUGAGGACUUGGGUGACUCUGUGCCGGCAGCAAUGGCACAAUUCAAGGCAAUGGAAAGGCGUUUCUCACGCAACCCAGAGUUUCAUCAAAGUUACAAGGAGUUUAUGUCUGAGUAUAUAUCUCUGGGUCACAUGGAACUUGUUCCACCCAAUGAACCUGAGAAACCUCAUCACGGGAAGUAUCUGCUGCCACACCAAGCAGUUUUGAGGCCGAGCAGUGAGACGACAAAGUUCAGGGUGGUUUUCAAUGGAUCAGCCCCCACUCCGCCUCUCAAUGUGUCCUUCAACGACACCCUGGCAGUAGGUCCUGUCCUUCAAAGUGACCUUUUUACUUUGCUUGUGGGUUUCAGGAUGCACAAGUUCGCUUUCUCUGCCGACGUCGUAAAAAUGUAUCGGCAAAUUGGUAUCGCUAAGAAGCAUAGGGAUUAUCUGAGUGUCUUUUGGCGCGAUGAUCCAUCAAAAAAGUUGCUAAUUUACAGACUGACGACGGUGACAUAUGGCACCUCUAGCGCGCCAUACCUGGCCACCAAAGUUCUCCAACAGAUAGCAAAUGAUUAUCAGAGCGAAUUCCCCGCAGCAUCCCAGGCCAUCAAGUCAUGCUUCUACAUGGAUGAUUUGUUGUGUGGUGCUGCCACAUUGGAAGAAGCUAAAGCACUGCGACGUGACAUUGAAGAGGUCCUCAACCGAGGAUGUUUCCCGCUCCGGAAGUGGUCGUCAAAUUCACCAGCUCUACUCGAAGACAUCCCUCAAGAUAAGUUGGCAAUCACCCCGGAACAAGUACUUACACAAGCGAAAUGCAUUUCAGUCCUUGGGCUGGACUGGAAUACUGGGAAGGACAUACUCGCAGUGGCAAUCAAGGAUCCACCACCCGUAUCUACUAUGCGGGACUAUUGCUCAGCUGCAGCAAAAACAUUUGAUCCACUCGGUUUCAUAUCACCAGUCACAAUCAAGUUCAAGAUGCGAUUUCAAACCUUUUGGAGUCUUGGGCUGGAUUGGAAAAGCAAACUCCCUCAAGAAGUUGUGACCGAGUACGAGAAAAUCCAAUCACAAUAUCCAUUGCUGCAGAACGUGGAGAUUCCCCGGAUUAUUCCCUCUGAGAAAGGUGUGAUUGAAUUGCACGGCUUUUGCGACGCCUCUGAACGAGCUUAUGGGGCUGUUGUCUAUGCCAUGGGUCUCGAUGAGAAUUCACAAGCAACAGUCAAUCUGGUCAUAUCCAAAUCUCGCGUCGCACCCCUUAAGCCUCUAUCUAUUCCACGACUCGAAUUGAAUGGUUGUCUCGUACUCGCACAGAUGAUAGAGAAACUGAAGGAAUCACUACCGGAGUACGAAAUUCGAGUUCACGCUUGGACAGACUCUAUGGUUUGUCUUCAAUGGCUUCACGAUGAUCCUCGUAGGUGGAAAACUUACGUAGCGAACAGGACGAGUCUCAUUCUGGACAUUAUUCCACCGGAGCAAUGGCGACAUGUUUCUACAGAUGACAAUCCCGCGGAUUGUAUCUCCAGGGGUCUUUUCCCGGAGGAGUUUAUGCAGCAUACACUUUGGUGGCAAGGACCUGCGUGGCUCAAGGGGGGAGAAGAUCAAUGGCCCGCUAAGGCAAUCAUCACUAAGAAAAAGACAAACGAGGAGCGGACAUCGACUGUUCAGCUAUUCACAAAGAUGGAGGAUAAUCCUAUCCUCACAGCACUCAUGGAGAAGCAUUCGGAUUAUUUGUCAAUAGUCCGCAUGGUGGCUUAUCUACAACGCUUUGGGAACAAUCUGCGGCAGCCAAAGGAUGAACGUCAAUUGGGAUUCCUCACUGUUUUGGAACAAACACGGGCUGCACACUGCAUUUUUGUUCAAAUUCAGAAGCAUUCCUUUGAUGAUGAAUACACAUGUCUCGAGAAAGGGAAAUCCAUCCCUUCUUCCAGCAACUUGCGGCGUUUGGUACCCUUUUUGGAUGAGUUUGGGGUUAUGCGAGUUCUCGGUCGUCUUGGAAACGCACAAGUGUCAGAGAGGACUCGGCAUCCCAUCCUUCUACCUGGCAAACACCCAUUCAUUCGAAGUUUGGUUAUGUUCACGCACACUACUUAUCAACAUGCAGGAAAUCAACUCACAAUGGGAAUUCUGAGCACAAAGUAUCACAUCUUGGGAUUGAGGAAGCUUGUUAGGAGUGUGACUCAGAAUUGCAUCAAGUGCGUGAAGGCGAAACCCAGGACUGUCACUCCUCUUAUGGGCCACUUGCCGGCGGUGAGAGUGCAGGAGAAUCGGCCUUUCUACAAAUCCGGCUGCGACUUUGCUGGGCCGUUUCAGAUACGUACAUCCUACCUCCGGAAAGCGCCAAUCGUGAAGGGAUACAUAUGUCUGUUCAUAUGUAUGGUCACUAAAGCUGUACAUUUGGAGUUGGUAAGUGACCUCAGCACAGAAAAGUUCAUUGAAGCCCUAGACAGGUUCCGUAGUCGCCGUGGACAUUGCCAUACAAUCUACUGUGAUAAUGGCAGCAAUUUCGUGGGGGCAGCAGGAGUCACUCGAGAGGAACGUCUGAAAGGGAUUCGCAUUCAUCAGGAGAAAGUCAGCAAACACAUGUCAAGCCAAGGCACACAGUUCCACUUCAUCCCACCCUACUCGCCUACCUUUGGGGGUUUGUGGGAAAGGGGCAUCGGAAACUCCAAAACACAUCUCAAACGAGUUCUUGGUGAGCAAGUCCUCACAUUCGAGGAGUUCAGCACUGUACUAUGCAAAAUUGAAGCCUGUCUGAACUCACGCCCACUUUGUGCCAUGUCUUUGGAUCCUGAGGAUUUGGAACCCCUCACUCCUGCCCAUUUCUGGUUGGGCCAUUCUCUCACAUUGGAGCCAACUGAGGACUUCUCAGAGUCCAACCCCAAUCGCCUUAGCCGGUGGCAACUUUUGCAACGUCAUGUUCAGCAAUUCUGGAAACGAUGGUCAAUGGAGUAUCUCACUUCCCUUCAGCAGAGGCCCAAAUGGUACAAAGAGUGCAAAAAUCUGGAAGUGGGAAAUCUUGUACUCCUCCGUGAAAACAAUUUGAGACCUUCUGUGUGGAAAAUGGGACGCAUCACUGAAGUUCAUCCAGGGAAGGAUGGAGUAGUACGAGCAGUCACGCUGAAGACAAAGGAUGGUAUCGACAAGAGGAUAGUCAGCACGGUUGCAAAGCUUCCAGUGGAGUAGCCGUCAAAGGAUUUGUUGAGAUUCCUCAACGGGGGCAGUAUGUGAGGAAUCGGUUAGAAGAAUAUGAAACGACGGGUAAAUUUGAAUUAUUUGAAUUUUUUGAAAAAAGAAGAAAAAGAAGAAGAAAAGAAGACGAAUCAUAACCUAAAAAAUCUGAUCAAGCACAACAUGUGACUCAGCAAUUUUCCAAUGUAUUUUCUUAAUUUUUAUAUUUAAUUUUGUAGUAAGAGUGUCAGAGGAGUAGUGAAAUAUAGAGAGAAGUGUUUAUGAACUGAAUUAAGUGUUUAUUUAUCAACAAAAA